AGAAGCGGCGGCUGCGAGGCGGGGACGCGCGCGACCAAUGGAGCUGGUUUUAGCUGAAGCGCUGCUUUCUCAGAGCCAGGACCCCCGCGCCCUGUUCGGAGCGCUCUGUGUCUGGGAGUCCCCGACCCCCGCGGAGCGCGUGGAGACGUUAAGGUUCCUUCUGCAACGUCUCGAGGAGGAGCAGGAGGGUGGCGGCGGCGCGAGCGCGCGUCCCGCGGCGCAGUUGCUGCAGGAGGCUGUGCGCGAGGUCGCGGAGGGGCACCUCAUGCCGCUGCUUCGGAGCCUGCGGACCAGCCGGGCGGGGGCGCCGGACGGGGAGUCCUCGGUGCUUCGCGACCGCCGGCGCCGCGUGCUGAGGGCCGCGUGCGGGGCCCUGCGCUCGUGCGCCAGCCUGGCCGGGGGCCCCCAGCUGGCGGCCGGGUUGGUGCACGAUGCGCUCCGCGACCUGCUCACCCUGAAGCCCGUGGCAGGCUCGGAGGAGGAGGCGGCGGCUCAGGCAGCUCCGGGGGAGCGCUGUGAGCUGGGCGCCGAGGAGGCCGUGGAGGUGCUGGUGGCCGUGGGCCCUUGCCUGCGGCCCCGCGAGGAUCGAGCGCUGCUGGAGCGCGUGGCCCGGGAGGCCCUGGCUGUGGCGCUGGGGGACGAGGAGGCCGAGGAGCGGGCGGCGGCACUGGUGGCCGGGCGGCUGCUGCCGGCGCUGGGUCGGAGCAGCGCCCUCGAGCUCCGAGCGCUGUGGGACGGGCUCCUGCCCCGAGAGGAGGAGGAGGAGCCGGAGCCGGCGCCCAACGCGCCCCGCGUCGCCAGGCUGCUGCUGGUGCUGAGUGCCCUGGCUGACAGGCUACUGCCCACCCCGGGCGUGGGCGGAGCUUGGGUCGCCCCCGAGGGGGAGGUGCCCGAUGCGAGGCGGUGCCCUCGCUUCUGGAGGGCGGUGCAGGCUGGCCUAGGGCACGCCGACGGGCUGACCCGCAAGAGAGCUCGCUAUCUGCUGCAGAGGGCCGUGGAGGCUUCCGCGGGGCUCGGGGCCGAGUGCAGCUGCGGGGCCCACCAUGCAAACGAACCAAGUCUGUUUUGGUGGUCAGAUAAGAAAAAAGAAGAACUCUUGAAGUUUUGGGAAAACUAUAUUUUAAUAAUGGAAACUCUAGAAGGAAAUCAGAUACAUGUUAUAAAACCUGUCUUACCAAAGCUAAACAGUCUGUUUGAUUAUGUAGUGUCAGAGGAAAAAGCAUGUUGGCUCCUUCAUCCAUCCUGGCAUAUGUGUAUUUAUACAAGAAUGUUUGAAAGUGAAAACAAAACCCUGACCAAAGAAGGCAUUAUGCACUUUUUGGAGCUUUGUGAAACAAAGGGUCUUCCAGGUGCACCAGGAUUUUCUGAGGUUCCUUUCCUGCUCCUUGAACCAGCACAUGAACCCUCUUCUCAGUAUCCCAAACUUUUAUAUCAGUUUAUUAUUGGACCACUAAUGGAAGCCCUUUCAGAAAGUUCUUUAUAUAGCAGGUCUCCAGGCCAAAAGAUAGGAAGCUGUUCCCCUUUGGGAAUGAAAUUACAGACAUUUUUAGUCACUUAUGUUUCCCUCCUUCCAGAAGACAUAAAGAAUAGUUUCCUAUUGAAAUUUAUUAAGAAGAUGACAAGUAGGCACUGGUGUGCUGUUCCCAUUUUAUUUCUGUCCAGGGCUCUGGCACACAUCCCACGAUGUAAAGUACUUGGGGUAGAAGGCCUCCUUGCUCUCAGGGAUGUUCUUCAGUGUACUAUGAUUACACAUCAGAUUCUUUUGAGGGGAGCAGCUCAGUGCUACCUUCUUCAAACAGCUAUGAAUUUGAUAGAUGUGGAAAAGGUGUCAUUAUCAGAUGUCUCAAAUUUCCUCAUGUCCUUGAGACAAGAAGAAUCCUUAGGCAGAGGUACUGCACUGUGGACAGAGCUCUGUGACUGGUUACGGGUUAAUGAGAACUGCUUUGGAGAAAUCCCCAGCUGCAAUGGCUUUUCUGACAGGUCUUCCUUAAAUGUAUAUGUACAAACUCUGGUGCAAGACUAUGUUAAGUCACCUACCUUGGAAACAGGAGGAAAUUGCUUUAUGCCUGAUUGGUAUGAAGCUAAACUUGUUGCUGUGAUGAUCUUGCUUGCUGCAGAUGUGGAGGAAAUGAAAAAUAAAUAUAGUGAAAAGAAAACACAGAAUGAAUUAAAGGCUUUCUUGAAUCCUCUUAUGGAUGUCCUCAUGAAGCUUGGCAAAAAUGCGUACAUACCUUUGUUGAAAACUGACAAAUGCUUACAGUUGUUACUGAAGUUAAUACAAAGUUGUUCAUCAAAAGGUUCCCUAACACAAGAUGAUGGAGUAUUAACUCUUCUUCAGAAUUCUGUCAUGUCCACUACAGAAAGUAUUUCUGAGUUUAUUGUUAGAAAACUAACUGUCAGUGAAUUGAGUACUGUCUCAGAUCUAGAACGCUGUCACCUAUACUUGACAAUGUUAUCUGAACUUGUAAAUUUACAUGGGAAGAUUGGUUGGAAAAACAGUAACUCCAUUUGGAGAUUCCUUUCCCUUUUAAAAAAUGCAUCCAUUCUGCACCUGCAAGACAUGAGUGGUGAAAAGGAACCAAGACUUGGUAAACAGAUUCAGAAAGUAGUUAGUAUGGCAUGCUUGGCAGUGGUCUGUGGGAUCUUCACCCAGAAGCCAGAUCUGCAUCUUGAUUCCCCAGAUAUUGGAAUUUUGGAAAAAUUUAUUUCUUCUUUUCACCUCAACCAGAUAGUAGGAAAGCCACAUGCUGAGGAACAAAACAGUUUAUUUGAAGAAUCAUCCUCUUCACAGGGAUGGGGAAGAGUAGUUGCACAGUAUGUUCAUGAUCAGUGGCUCUGCCUCUCAUUCCUAUUAAACAAAUACCAUACCCUUAUACUAACCACAGAGGGUGAGAUGCUGGAACCCUUUCUGCAUGUUGUUCCAAAACCAUUAAGCACUUUGCAGUCUGCAUUAGAAGCUCUUACUAUCCUCCCUUCUGAUCAAGUUUUACCAGUGUUUCAUUGCAUGAAAAUACUGGUUCCUAAGCUUCUUUGUUCCUCUGAAUCACUCUGCAUUGAGUCUUUUGAUAUGGCUUGGAAAAUUAUAUUUUCUUUGAGCAACACACAACUGAUAUUCUGGCCUAAUUUAAAAGCUUUUGUCCAGUUUGUCUUUGAUAUAAAAAUUCUUACUCUUGCUGCCAGAAUCAAGGGCCGGUCAUAUUCAAAAAUAAAGGAGAUUAUAUAUAAGAUAAUUGAAAUGUCCACGACAAAGACUGGGGUCUUCAAUAUAUUGAUAAGUUAUUGCUGUCGAUCUUGGAUAAUGCCUACUUCAGAUGAUUUGACUCCAUUCCAAGAUCCAUUCUCAAGUGCUAGAGAUUAUAUUGAACUUCUUGUUGAAGGCUGCAUCUUUGGAACUGUGUUUAGGCGAGAUCAAAGACUUAUACAGGAUAUACAAGCCUUCAUAGAAAAUCUUGGACAUGAAUGUGCAGCAAAUACUGUCACAGAAAAUACUAACAGAGAUGACCAUUAUGUGAGAGUUUGCGCUAUCAAAUUCCUUUGUUUAUUGGAUGGAUCAAAUAUUUCCCACAAGAUGUUUAUAGAAGAUCUUGCAAUCAAGCUACUAGAUAAAGAUGAGCUGGUAUCCAGAUCUAGAACACGCUAUUAUGUGAAUUCUUUGCAACACAGAGUUAAAAAUAGAGUGUGGCAGACUCUACUUGUACUCUUCCCCAAAUUUGACCAGAACUUCUUGGAUCAGAUUAUUGGCAGGAUUUUUGAAGCAGGAUUUGUCAAUAACCAGGCAUCCAUAAAAUAUUUAAUAGAAUGGAUUAUUAUUUUGAUUCUUCAUAAAUUUCCUCAGUUUCUUCCAAAGUUCUGGAAUUGCUUUUGUUAUGGUGAAGAAAAACUCAAAAUGACUAUUUGUACAUUUUUGUCAGUUUUGUCACAUUUGGAUAUUAUUAUUCAGAAUAUAUCUGAGAUGAAACCAGUUUUAAAACAAGCUCUUACUGUCGUACUCCAGUGGUGUUUCAACCAUAAUUUUAGUGUUCGACUUUAUGCUUUAUUAGCUCUUAAGAAAAUCUGGGCUAUGUGCAAAACUUUGCAUGUAGAGGAGUUUGAUGCUUUGACUUCUGUUAUAGAAUCCAGCCUUCAUCAAGUGGAAAAUAUGCAUGGAGCAGGGAAUGCCAAAAAGAAUUGGCAAAGAAUUCAAGAACAUUUCUUUUUUGCAACAUUUCAUCCACUUAAGGAUUAUAGCCUAGAGACCAUAUUUUAUACCUUUCCACGCCUUUCAGAACUUGUUGAAGAUGAGUGGAUCGCCAUUGGUAAAUUCAUAAAAUUCACUGACAUUCCGAUAGAUCCAGCAUUUCAGUGGUACCUUUCUCAAACUGAACUUUGUGAACUAAAACCAAGUGACUGGUCUCAGCAAGAUAUAGGUUCCAGUUCAAUUGAGGGAGACAACCAGUCAGAAUGGAUUGAUGUUCAAAAGAAGAUGAUUCCUUGGAAAAAUAAUGUUCCUGAUUUAGAACUCGAUCUGGUAUUUCAGGAUCGUGCUGCUAAACUUGGAAAAUCCAUUAGUAGAUUGAUUGUAGUAGCUUCACUCAUUGAUAAGCCAACCAAUUUAGGAGGUUUGUGCCGGACCUGUGAAAUAUUUGGGGCCUCAGCUUUAGUAGUAGGUAGUCUUCAUUGUAUCAAUGAUAAACAGUUUCAGCAUCUCAGUGUUUCUGCAGAACAGUGGCUUCCUCUGGUGGAGGUAAAACCACUUCAGCUUGUUGAUUACUUACAGAAGAAAAAAACAGAAGGCUAUACUAUCAUUGGUGUGGAACAAACUGCCAAAAGUUCAGACUUAACAGAAUAUUGUUUUCCUGAGAAAUCUCUGCUUUUACUAGGAAAUGAACGUGAGGGAAUCCCAGCAAACCUGAUUCAGCAUUUGGAUGUGUGUGUGGAAAUUCCUCAACAUGGCAUCAUACGCUCCCUUAAUGUUCAUGUGAGUGGAGCUCUACUAAUUUGGGAGUAUACAAGGCAACGGAUGAUCAAGCAAAGAGAUAUAAAGUAAUUACAAAAAGACAAAGUUUCAUGCCUUAUCUAAACUUAUUGGUGCUGUUGAGAUAUUUUUAAACUCUAUAUACACUUAUGGAAUAGGCAAAACUUUUAUUGAGGAUAAUUUUGUAUUGUUUUUUGUGGUAUGCUAUAUUUUUUUUAAUGCUUUAAAAUAUUAAAUUAUAACUUUGUAAUAACAAGCAACUUUUGUUAUUGAGUGUUUAUUCUUUAAUAAAAAUGUUAGUUGUGUGUUACAACUAAGAAUCAUGGCUCUAUAAUCAUAUUUCAUUUCAAGAAAUAUUAAGCUUUUCCAGAUUUGUUCAGUCAUGUAUCAGGCAAGUAGAUGAUACAAAGUUUAGAAAGGACACAAU